CCAGACCAGCAACUUGAACAGUAAUAGCGCAUUUUACACAUGGAUUUAUCACAAAAGCCAGAUGAUAUAGCGUGACAAGAUUCAUAUUGAAGAACUAAAAAGGUAUUAAAAUGAAUGAUUCAAGUUCAUUCUCAUCGCUGUUGGCUCUCGUAGACAAUCAUCUUUCACAAUCAAAUGUACCCGAAACAGAAUCGGUCAACCCGCAAGGACAUUCAAGUAAGGCUAUUGCUAUACCACUGAAUAAUGGAAUUCGCAAAGGUAUGUCAGACUCACGGCUCUCUUCACCCAGUCAGAGAUUUAUUGAAUCGCACUCUAGCAUGUCGGUAAGCCCUAUAAAAAGUGUUUUAGUUGAACAAGUAACUAACAUGCUAAAAGCAAAAGAACAUAAGUAUGAAGACAAUCAGGUAUUAGAUGUUAAACUAAACGAAUUGACAAUCCAUUCAAACGAUGAUUCAGUUGAUUUAAUAACAGCACUAGGAACACCCUUUGAGAACAAAGUGUUUGAGGAAAAUAUAUUAAGUACUAGUACUACUAGCUCUUCACUCUAUCUUCAUGAAUCAGAUGAUUUUCCGAUAGAAGAAAUUUUUGAUAAAAGUUGUCCCGAAAAUAAUAUACAAAAUUUGCAGCCCUGUAAACGAGAUAUGUCUUAUAUACUGCAUAAUAUGAUACAUAGAGCAAAGUGUUCUACUUUUGGUAAAAUUGUGUCGGCAAGGAUUAAGCCGAUACCUGUGCCUUAUUUGAAAGAACAAGUAACAUCUAAUAUUGUUCCAUUUGACUUCAAAACUAAGUCCCCCUGUGAUAUGAUCAAGGAUAGAUUGAAUAAAAGCUUGUUAUUAAUGGAAAUAAAUUGAUAAUUACAAGAAAUAAAAAAUUCUAAAUAAACUUUACUAAAAUAUUGCAAUGAUAAGUACAAAUUUAAGGAUAUAAGAUUUAGACAUAUAGAAUUAAACAUAUAGAAACAUAAUUUAGUACUAUUAUACUGUUAUUAUAAAUUAUAUAAAACAUGAAAGUUAUUCUUUUAUCAGAACAAAUAUGAUCUUUUCCUAUGUCUAUAAAAUGUUAAUUUUGUAGUAAAUACUGUAUACAUCUAUAUUCUGUAAAUUAUUAAUAGUAUUAUACAUCAAUAGGUUUUAGUAAUAAUGUUAAUAGCUAUUAUGGAUAUAUUGGCAUGUUAUUUUCAAUAUAUUAUAUUUCAUAACUAUUAUAGACAACAUAUUCCCCUAUAACAGAACCAAUCCAGAUCAGUUAUGAUUUAUGAAUAAUCUUUUGCUUUCUGUUCCUUUUUUAGGCUUAAAACUGACUGUGCCUUAGCAAAUCAAGCCUAAUUAAAAGCUACUUUCAUUUUCUUAGUUUUAAAUUUUUUUUACUAGCAGUAAUUGCUUACAGCCAUGUAAGUUUAGAAACAUCAAUUACUAUAUAUUAUAAUAUAAUAAGUUAAUGUCUGUUUAUAGAAGAUAAGGUGUUGCCACUGGCUUUAUUUGCUAAAUAAAAAUGGGAAUGUUGAAGGAACCGUAAGAAGAGAAGCAUUCUGGAAAAUUACUCAUUAUGAUCUCUUCAUUGUUGUAUAAACCCUGCAAGAUUUAAAUCCUAUAUUAUGUAUUUGAUAUGGGCAAUUUCAAAAUUAUCUGAGAUUUGAUUAUUUGUUGAAGGGAAUAUUAUAUGCAGUCUUAGUUAUGAUAAAAACAAUUUCAUGUGAAAAAGCAAUAAGUUACUGGAUUUAUUCAUUCUAAAUCAUGUUAGUCAGACAGUUAACUAAUGUACAUAUGUGCUGUUGGUGAUAUAACUUAUUAGUAUUAUUAUUUCACUUUUCAGUGCAUAAAGUAGGCAAUACAAUGGUAACUACCAUAAACCGAAGUGAAUGAGCGGUGUUAAUGUUAAAAGCGAUUUCAGAAGAACUGGUAUUGGUUGCGCGAUAAAAAAUGACUGAUUAAAUUAAUUAGGAAUAUUAAAACAGUUAGUGUACAAUGCAAUUCGAAAACGGCUGAAUACAGAUUCAUAGAGUACCAUAAAAUAAAAGUAGACAGGACAACUGUAUUACUAUUAUUGUUAAUUUGUAUGUGAUUAAUGUGGCAAGUACCAGCUCAGUCAACGAUGCCAGAGUCUAGUGAGAAUUCAACUGUGUAUAAUAUUUCAACAUUAAAAUUAGUGUUGGAAAUGUAUGUGAAUUAUAACAGACCGAUUAUAAACGCUAGUAACGCCUGUCAACUGUAACUAUUUGUUAAGAAUAUGUUAGUUGUAAUGGAUUGUAAACGGGACGAGCGGCAUACUCUGAAGUCUAUAAUCACAAAAUGAAAAUUAUUAUGAAAACACACAUAUUGUGGCUGUUUUAGAUAACAGGAGUUUUACGAAUAAUACCAUCGGUAUUAUGCUAUAUGAGUAUAUCGAACCAGAGCAUUGUAAUAAUAUGGCCUUCUACUUUUUAUACAAGGAAAAAAUAGAAUAAAUUGGACGAAAAUCAAGCAGACAUCAGGAUCCGAAGCCAAAAUGGCUACGUUUGUAAAUAACAGGAAAACUUUCUAAAAAUAUUGUCUGCUCGCCUACAACGAAUUCUUAUAAAUAUAUCGUAUUUAGCAUUAAUAAUUAUAGUAUCAUUUUACUAUGUUGAAAGAUAACGUUUAAGCAACGAAUUGUUAAAUAAAUUAAAUUGAUACAUAAUUUCGAUAUCUACAUUAAAAUCGUCCAUGUUGUGUUAUUAUGACUCAACUUGUGUAGUUCAUGAUGAACGAAUAUGAAACGCGGCAACCGAAUGUCAAUACUGAACUUAUUCGGUUAAAAAUUAAAGAGAAUGAAACAUUCGUUCGUCGUUAAGUAACUACUUAUGAGCGGCUCAAGAAUUGUCAUGUAGAUAUGUUAUAAAAUAAAAGUAUUUUGUGCUUAGUGCGAGUUUUUAACGUUCUCGAUAGCGUCAAAGUUAACUUAAAUUUGUAUGGAGUGGGAAUGUUUGCCUACGUUUGCCGCUAGGGGCGCUGUUCAGGUAGUUUUUCGUAAAUGACGAUCCAUUCACCAACACGAAAAGUAAUGUGAAAGAAGACGGUAAUGUCCUCACGUUGACGUCGAGGGGACGUCAUAAAAAGACUGAUAGACAUUGUGAAAGAGGAUAUUCGAGAGAAGAGUGUAAGUGCAGAGAAAACGUUUGAUAAGCACGAAUGGAAAAGAAGGAUCAUGCUGCGCCGACCCCACUCUUUAAGGAAUAAGGGCAAGAAGAUGAAGAAGUCCAACUUUCGCGUAGUAGGGGGGUGUGUGGUGGGUCAAACUUUCAUGUUGAAGAAAGCCACCAAGAUUAUAAUACAUUUGUUAGUAAUUUAGAAACCAGUCAGUGUUUAUGAAAAAAAAGAUUUUUUGCAGUUCUGAAGUUCCAGCUCUCCCAUUUGCAUAUCUUUGAGAUUUUUAGGUCUUUUAUUUUCAUUUCCAUUGAGCCUUCUUCCUAUUUACAAAGUUUUUUUAUAAAAAUGAAUUUAGGAUUGUUUUCUUUUGCAAACACCUUUAGAGCGGAAGGUAAUUUGGCGCUAUUAAAAAAUCAAAUUAAUAUUUUUGUCAAUUCAUAAAAUCCUAGUCGUCUAUGAGUGACCUCGAAACCUGAAUUGUACUGUAUUAGAAAUGAUGAAAAUUAUAAAGUCCUGAAGAAUAUCAUUGUACAUAGAAGUAAAGAAAUAAUAGAACAAAAUAACGAAAAUUAUUGCUCAGCCGUUUGACAUUUUUUAAGUUUUACUUAAAUAAAGAGUUCAUUUUUUAUUCCAUUUAGUCGGUAUUUUUUAUAUAUAUUAAAAUAAAACUGCUUCAACCAAUUAGUAGUGUUGUUGCGGGU